ACCACCACGCCCAGUAUUCUUUUUCUAAUAAUUUCUUUGUGUGUGCUGUCCCUGUUUCCCUGUAUGUUUUUGUCGUCCAUUGCUUUUGCAGGUAGAGCAGUAACUAGCAGAUUAAUAAAUAGGAGUAUUAGAUAUCACAAGAAUUUUGUCAAAAUGUCUUCAGUUGAUAGUAAAACCAGUUCAAGUAGUGAAACUCUUAAACUAUACAAUAGUUUAUCUAGGAAAAAAGAAGAGUUUGUUCCUAUGAAUGGUAGAAGUGUGACAUGGUAUAGCUGUGGACCAACUGUAUAUGAUGCAUCACAUAUGGGACAUGCAAGGUCGUAUAUGGCAUUUGAUAUCAUUCGUCGUGUGAUGUCUGAUUAUUUUGGCUAUGAUAUAUUUUAUGUAAUGAAUGUUACUGAUAUUGACGACAAGAUUAUUAAUCGUGCUAGACAGAAUCAUUUAUUUGAGGAGUACAAGUCAAAAGAUCAUUCACUUGAUGACGUUAUCAGAGACUGCGACCAAGCAAUAGAGAUUUAUAAAGAAAAAUUGGCUCAAGAAACAGACAAGGACAAAGCAUCAUUGCUAUCUUCUACUAUUAAAACUGCAGUAGCUGCCGUUGAGAAAGCUCGUGAUGGAUCCAACACUUCUUUGCCUGAUCUAAUAGAUGCUGUGAGGGAUCCUCUUUCCAAGUUGUUGGAUCGUAAGUAUGGAGCCACAGUCACAGACCAUCACAUAUUUGCUGCAUUAACUCAGAAAUGGGAGGAAGAGUAUCACAAUGACAUGACAGCACUCAACGUCCUUCCUCCUAAUGUGCUCACACGAGUGACAGACUAUGUCCCUGAGAUUGUGGUAUUUGUUGAGAAGAUUAUCAGUAAUGGAUACGCGUAUGAGUCAAAUGGUUCUGUGUAUUUCAAUACAGUGAAGUUCUCUACUUCCCCUGAUCACAGAUAUGCUAAGCUGGUCCCUGAGAAUGUUGGUGAUUUGGCUGCUCUACAAGAAGGAGAAGGGGAACUGAGCGUAUCUGCCGAUAAGUUACAAGAGAAGAAGCACAAGAAUGAUUUUGCGUUAUGGAAGGCAAGCAAACCAGGAGAACCUGCUUGGCCUAGUCCCUGGGGACCAGGUAGACCAGGAUGGCAUAUUGAGUGCUCUGUGAUGGCUUGUGAUAUCCUUGGCAGUACUGCUGACAUACACACUGGUGGGGUGGAUUUGAAGUUUCCUCAUCACGACAAUGAAAUUGCUCAAGUUGAAGCGUACUAUGAGACAGAUAAUUGGAUAAACUACUUCCUUCAUGCCGGCCACCUCUCCAUCGAAGGCUGCAAGAUGUCAAAGUCUCUCAAAAACUUCAUCACAAUAAAAGAAGCCCUUCAGACCAAUACGUCAUCUCAGCUUCGACUUGCCUUCCUCACUCACCAGUGGAGCGCUACAAUGGAUUACUCAGUCAAUGCAAUGCAGGAAGCAGUUCAGACAGAGAAGGCACUAAAAGAGUUCUUUCUAGUUGUGAAGGACAUGGUGUGGCGUUGUCCUGAAGGAAGGAAAGGAUUCUUCAAAUGGACCGACUCUGAGAAAGAGCUAAACGGAAAAUUCCUAAAAAUUAAGUCUUCCAUUCACACUGCCCUCUGUGACUCAAUUGACACUCCCACCACUCUCCGACUACUAAAGGAGCUCCUCACCCUCUCCAAUACUUACAUUGAUGCUAAGAGAGACGACGCCAAUGCUCGCCUCUUAGCUGACAUAGCUCACUACAUGACUUACCUUCUUAAAAUCUUUGGAGUCAUACCCCAUGAUACUGGGAUUGGGUUUUCCAUGAAGAAAGAAGCUGAAGGGAUUGAAGAUGUAGUGAUGCCUUAUGCAAUAGCACUGGCUGAUUUUAGGGAGAAAGUACGUGAGGUGGCAUUAGAAACAAAAGCAAAACCAGUACUUCAGCUUUGCGAUUGGGUGAGGGAUGAAGUGAUGUUUGAUUUAGGAGUUAAACUUGAAGAUAAGAAAGAGAGAACUGUUGUAAAGCUUGUAGGAAAGGAGGCUCUCAUUGAAGAAAGAGAAGCUGAAAAACGGGCAAUGGAGAUCAAAAGAAAGGCCAAAGAGGAGCAGAAGAAAAAAAUGGAGGAGGCCCAGCGUAAACUUGAGGCACAGGCUAGGAUAGAACCGAGGGACAUGUUUAAGGACCAGAUGGACAAGUACUCAAAGUUUGAUGAUCAAGGGGUUCCUACACACGACGAAAACGGAGAGCCACUUUCAGAGAAAAAGAUUAAGAAACUGUAUAAACAAUGGGAAGCACAGGAGAAGAAAUAUAAUAGCUCAAAAAAGUGAUAUCUUUAAAAAUUAAUUAAUUAUUUUCAAGUUGAUAUUACUUGAAUUUGUAACUGUAA